CCUAAUGGUAAUUGUGGAGUCUCUACUAAGUCACACACUUUACUACUCAGCCUUGGGAGAAGCAAGCAGCAGUUGCUGCUGCUUCUGCUAUUGCUGCCGCCGCCGCCGCGCCGCUGCUGUCGCUGGUCCGAGGCUGCAGUGAGUGUCUGUGCAGCACUGCAGAAUCCACACCUAGAGAACCGAAGACAGACACACACGUCUACAACCCUGCACUCAAGGAAGCUUAGGAUCUUCAGAAAACUGAUGAGGGAAGAAAAGAAGUUUGAUUGCUUGAAAGUUACCUGAGAAGAUUGGAUCUGUAAAAUACACGUGAAUCCUUGAAAUAGACAGAGAACAAGGAGAAUCCACAGACUUGAAACAUGAGUUCAGAUACCAGCCAAGGCGUGAUCACUACUCCUCCUCCUCCCAGCAUGCCUCACAAAGAGAGAUAUUUUGACCGAAUCAAUGAAAAUGACCCUGAAUACAUUCGGGAGAGGAACAUGUCUCCUGAUCUACGACAAGACUUCAAUAUGAUGGAGCAGAGGAAACGAGUUACUCAGAUUCUGCAGAGUCCUGCUUUUCGGGAAGACCUGGAAUGCCUUAUUCAAGAACAGAUGAAGAAAGGCCACAACCCAACUGGAUUACUAGCGUUACAACAGAUUGCAGAUUAUAUCAUGACCAAUUCUUUCUCAGGAUUUUCUUCACCUCCCCUCAGUCUUGGUAUGGUCACACCCAUCAAUGACCUUCCUGGUGCAGAUACAUCCUCCUAUGUGAAGGGAGAAAAACUUACUCGUUGUAAACUUGCCGGCCUAUACAGACUUGCAGAUUUGUUUGGAUGGGCACACCUGGCAAAUACGUACAUCUCAGUAAGAAUAAGUAAGGAGCAAGACCAUAUUAUAAUAAUUCCCAGAGGCCUAUCUUUUUCAGAAGCCACAGCCUCCAAUUUGGUAAAAGUCAAUAUAAUUGGAGAAGUGGUUGACCAGGGAAGCACUAACCUGAAAAUUGACCAUACAGGAUUCAGUCCCCAUGCUGCCAUCUAUUCAACACGUCCUGAUGUUAAAUGUGUGAUACACAUCCAUACCCUUGCUACUGCAGCUGUCUCCUCCAUGAAGUGUGGGAUCCUUCCAAUUUCUCAAGAGUCCCUUAUCCUGGGAGAUGUUGCCUAUUAUGACUACCAAGGAUCACUUGAUGAGCAGGAGGAGAGAAUUCAACUGCAGAAAGUUCUGGGGCCAAGUUGUAAGGUGCUGGUACUCAGGAAUCAUGGAGUGGUAGCACUUGGAGAAACAGUUGAAGAAGCUUUUCAUUAUAUUUUUAAUGUGCAGAUAGCCUGUGAGAUUCAGGUACGGGCCUUAGCAGGGGCAGGUGGAGUAGACAAUCUACUUGUACUGGACCUUCAGAAGUAUAAAGCUUUCACUCACACUGUAGCAGCAUCUGGAGGAGGAGGUGUAAAUAUGGGUUCCCAUCAGAAAUGGAAGGUUGGCGAGGUUGAAUUUGAAGGGCUGAUGAGGACUCUGGACAAUUUGGGGUAUAGAACCGGCUAUGCUUACAGGCAUCCUCUCAUCCGAGAGAAGCCUAGACAUAAGAGUGAUGUGGAAAUCCCAGCAACUGUGACUGCUUUUUCCUUUGAAGAUGAUACAGUGCCACUCUCUCCUCUCAAAUACAUGGCACAGAGACAGCAGCGUGAAAAAACAAGAUGGUUGAACUCACCAAAUACUUAUAUGAAAGUGAAUGUGCCUGAGGAGUCUCGAAAUGGGGAAACCAGUCCCAGGACCAAAAUCACAUGGAUGAAGGCAGAGGAUUCCUCCAAAGUUAGUAGUGGAACACCUAUCAAAAUUGAAGAUCCCAAUCAGUUCAUUCCUCUAAACACAAACCCAAAUGAGGUACUAGAAAAGAGAAAUAAGAUUCGAGAACAAAACCGAUAUGACUUGAAAACUGCAGGACCACAGUCUCAGCUGCUGGCUGGAAUUGUUGUGGAUAAGCCUCCUUCUACCAUGCAAUUUGAAGAUGAGGAUCAUGGCCCACCAGCUCCUCCUAACCCAUUCAGUCAUCUCACAGAAGGAGAACUUGAAGAGUAUAAGAAGACAAUCGAACGGAAACAGCAAGGCCUGGAAGAUGCUGAGCAGGAAUUACUCUCAGAUGACGCUUCAUCUGUUUCACAAAUUCAGUCUCAAACUCAGUCACCGCAAAAUGUCCCUGAAAAAUUAGAAGAAAACCAUGAUCUAUUUUCCAAGAGCUUCAUCUCCAUGGAAGUGCCUGUCAUGGUAGUAAAUGGCAAGGAUGAUAUGCAUGAUGUUGAAGAUGAGCUUGCUAAGCGAGUGAGUAGAUUAACUACAAGCACCACCAUAGAAAACAUCGAGAUUACCAUUAAGUCUCCAGAAAAAAUUGAAGAAGUCCUGUCACCUGAUGGCUCUCCUUCAAAAUCACCAUCCAAGAAAAAGAAGAAAUUCCGUACUCCUUCUUUUCUGAAAAAGAACAAAAAAAAGGAGAAAGUUGAAGCCUAAAUAAAAUCUUUUUUAUAAUUUUUAUUACUAUAGUGUGACAUUGCACAUUUAAAUACCACAUUUAAGUUGAUCAUUAAUAUACAGUGGUAGAACAGAUUUGGGGGUAUGGAGCAAACUGGACUUUAAGAACUGGAAAGAGGUUUUACUAAAAGAAAAACAUUAUGAAAAAACUUUCAAAUUCAUCUCUUAUAUGUCCAAAAAUGACUGAAUUUUUUAAAAGUUGAUAGUUUUAAUUAGCUCUGCCCUCUUGAAGAAGUAUUUUAACUCACCGUAAACAGAUAUCUGUCUGAUUUAUUUCAGACCUUUUGGGUAAUAUCUGUUGGAAAGAAAUUGCCAAUGAACAAGUGAGAAUUUUUAUUUCUCAACACCUGCUUCACUUGGUAAUCAGAUUAUAAUUUUUUACCAUGAUUAUUGACUAUAUCUUUUGGGUCCCCAUUAUUUCAAUGGGCAUUAACAGAAUGCUUUAAAAGCUUCUAAGACAAGAAUCUAUAGCAUUAGUAUACACUGGCACAUAAUUUUUUAAAAAGUUUUAAAGAAAAGAUUCAUUUGAAAUUUUAUUCAUAGUAUAAAAUUUCCUCACCUGAAAUAACUUUGUUUGCCAAAAAAGUCAUUUUAAUAAACUAUAAUUUUUGAAAACUUCCUUUUUUAUUAGUUUAGAAAGCCCCUUAUUUUUCAAAAAAGGGGAUUUUAUACACAUAACAUGGGUUAUUUAGUUUAACUCUGGCAAAAACGAUUUUUGUAUGUUGAGAUAUUUGUAUACCAUUCAGUAUAAAAGUGUCAUAUGCAUAUUAGCCAAUCAUUUAACAGUAGAGCCUAUUUGAGACUGCUUGGUACUGAGUAUACUUAAAUAUAAUUCAAGAAUCCAGGGAUUUGGUAUCAAACGGGGAUUAGAGCAUAUAAAGGUAUAUCUAGAUUCAUAUUUGAACCUUAUAAUGUAUUUUUCUCUUAGUAUUGCUAAUGAAUGAAGAAAAUCUUGUAAAAGUAACCAAAUGAAAAGAAUGAAAGGGAAAGUGAAAAAUUAAGGGAACGAUAGGUGGGAUGUGAAAAGAAUUCUAGUGUAAGAAUGAUUCAUAUUCACAAUGGUAUAUAUAGUGAUUUAUUGGAAAUAGGUCCCAAAUUUCUAAAAUCCUGCUUCUCUGCCAAAAUCAAUGUGUUGGUUGAUAUUUGAGUUUUAAAAAGGACAAAUCCUUCUAACAUGUGUACCUUUAGAGAGCAGCAGUAGAAGAAAUCAGUAAGUCCAAUCUCACCACUGAAAAAACUACUACUUUUUGAUUUUUACAAACCUUUUUUAUCUUUUCAUUUAACUUUCUUUCUAAUGUAAAUACAAAUUUAAACCUAGACUUAAUAUAGUUUUCCCAAGUGAUGUCACAAAUCUGUAAAAUCAAUGAUCCAAAACAGUCAGUGGGUAAAAGUAAUCCAAAGUGUUCUGGAAGGUAAGCUGGCAUGUUCAAAAUCACAUUGACUACAGUGUGUUCUGGGCUGGUUCUGUGUGAGUGUGAAGCAGAAUUGAAACAAAACCUGGAAAUGUCAUUCUAGAUCUCACUAACUACUGGAAUCAGUGUUCUAAUCUCUUAGUGGAAACUUUCAGUUGCUUAACUGUGUAUUUGAGGAUUGUUUUAUGUUCUACAUCAUUUGUUGUAUUACAACAUAUGUAGAAACAGUAACCUGUGAACUAUGCUUUUCCAUAACUUUUUAAAAAUAUAUAUAUCUAAAUGAAUGAAGUGUGCAUAAAUAUUUUUUAAAUGCCACAGUAAACUAUUGCACCUUUUGCUAAUGCCUCUAUUUACUUGCUUUGGCAUAUGGAUGAGCCAAUGAACCUGUGUCCUGUGGAAAAAUGUAUAAAUGUUAUCUGAUAUUUCUCUUAGAUGUUAUGCUAAUUAAUGUUAAAUCACAAAUAAACAGUGUAUUUUAAAUA